UUGACAUGGUUCGGUCGGAUCCGGGUCAAUUAGUUUGGCUCGACCGGGUUGCGUUGAUCCAGUCGCCGGUUCACCGGUACGUCUUCUGCAAUCGCGAGGGUUUAACUUCGAGCGCCUUCGAUAACCGUUUGGAACUCACACAUACGCAAGGCGCCUUCGAGGAGGAGAGGAGAGGAGAGGAGAGGAGAGGCGAGAGAGACAUGGACGGAGGCGACGAUGGCAUCGAUCCCUCCGCCGGAGCCGCGUCGGACCUCGACAUGGCCCUCGAUCUCGACCUCGACCGCGGUGCAUCCCAGCGCCCCGCGCGCUCCGCCCGCUUCCAGCCGAAGAUGAAGGGCAAGGUCAAGAUCGAGGCCCCAACCCGGGUUAAGCCCGACCCCGACACCGGCCCUCCCGCCCCAGACCCCGUCAAGGAGGAUCCUGGACUUGGCUCUUCGUCUCAAGGUCCCUCGUCAUCCCGACCGGACGCUGAGGUCGCAGCGAGCUGUGCGAUGGACGUCGAUGGAGGUUUCGAGGAGGAAGUGGAAGAGGAGGAUCCCGUGGUUCGCGAGAUUGACGUAUUCUGUUCUCCAGCUCCUCUCGAUGUGGAUUCCUAUCUAUAUAUUUUGCAGUAUGUACAUAGACCUUCUUGGAGACCAUACGAAUUGAAUGAAAGAUGUGAAAAGGUUCGAGUGAAGCCAACAAAAUCAAAGAUUGAGAUAGAUUUGAGUCUGAAUAUUGAUAGUGAGAACUAUGACCAAGAUGUUUCUGGUCCCCUAAGGUUAGAGAAGCAGAUUUUGUCUUCAUCACUGGCACCUUCAUUAGCUAGUUAUGCUAUUGGGAUUUUGGAUGGAAACCAGUUACACUUAAAUCCUGUCCAUGCAGUUGUCCAACUUCGUCCAUCAAUGACACACUUAAAUCCUGAGAUGAAAGAAAAUGUGCAGACUGCGGAAUCAAGUACAAAAUCUGACACCAAUGCUGUUGAUUCACCUGGGUUAUCCAUCAAGCAGGUGAAUUUUGAAAGGUUUGGCCAUGCCAGUUUAAAUAAAGGAGAAAAUGAUGAGCCAUGGGUGUCAUUAGAAUAUCAUCCAAUUGAUAGCCACCUUACAGAAAGAUACCAUCAGAAAAUGAUUUCAGAAGAUCAUCAUCAAAUUCCAUUUACGAUGAAACCAUCUAAUUACGCCGACUUAUUGUACCCUGGAACAUCAACAAACAGUAAGACAACAAAAGUUUCUUCAUUAAGGUUCUUGCUCUCACUCCCCUUGGAAGAGCGGUUGAAGAAAUGGCUUUCUGAGGUUUCUCAGGUGAAUAAUUUUAAUGCACUCAUGGAUCUUGCUCCAGAUAACUCAAAAGAAGAUGUUCUGAAAGUGCUGCUGCAUUAUGCAGUUUUGGUUCAAGGUUUGUGGAUUACAAAGAGCUCCUUGUUGCAUGAAGGCGAAGCUGCUCUGUAUAGAGACUAUCUUCUUUAUCUAUUCAGUAUGAAUCCCAUAAUUCCAACAGACAAAUUGAGGAUGAUAAAUUACACUGGUCUAAAAUCUAUACUUGUUCCAUUGGCUACUGAAAGGCGCAUCCUCAAGCACUGGAAGUUCAAAGAGUCUACUGAUUUUAUCUUUAUUAGAAACAACCCAGAAAUUGUGGAUGAGCAGGAACAAGCUUGGUUGGUACGAUGGAAUAAUAUUAAUACCAAUCGUAGGCAUAAUGAUUGUACGAAUUUUAUUAGGGGCUAUUUUAUUGGCCUUUAACUGAGCCAUUUUGUGACUUUUAUUUUAGCCCAAAGAUUCCAUA